AUGACGAUGUGCGGCAAACGCGCGCGCGAGCGCUCGAUGGAUGCCUCCGAGCCUCCGACGAACGCGUCGUCGCCGCUGAUGGACCUGAUGCUGCACGCGCCCGACGUCUUCCACGAGGGGAUAACCUCGAGGCUGGAGUACGGAGACCUCUUCUCCCUGGCCGCGGUCGGCGCCGCGUGCCGCGACGAGGUGCGAAGCUUGGACGACGUUGACCUCGUGAGAUCCGUCAGGAGCGUGUGCCCUCAGUACCUCUGGGGCUCCUGGGCGCGAUGGCUGGAGAGAGGUUGCGUGAAAGACUGUUGCCGUGGUAAACCUCGGGGUUUUUUCGCCAGCGUCUUCGACGAGGCGAUCCGCGACCGUGACGCUCCAAAAACACCACCCCGCCUCCGCCGCAGCGUCACCGAGUGCGACGAGAGCCUCGCGCGUCAUAAGAUACAGAGGCACUCGACGCGUAUACCCGAAGGUCAAGGACGCGCGAGCUUCGCAUUUCCCGUCGCGUGGUUGUGA